CAUUUUUGUUGAGAAGUGGGCUAGGCAAAGUUACACGACGGGACAGUGGGAGUGUUGGUUGCUGUCACUAAUUUUUAGCGCCUCGCAAGGCGACUUCUUUUUGUUUCUCGCGAAUGUCAAUAAUUAUAAUGGCCGUAAAGUUUAGAGUAUUUGGUCCGAGGUAGGAUUGACAAACUAUCCACUCGGCGGGAAAAAAAAAAGACAAGAAACACUCCCUCUGUCGGGAGGUAAUCAUGGCCGACAAAAUCUGUGGCGAUGGCAUUGGGAACAGUACUGGGAGAUUGUAUAACGCCGAAGUAGAUUUAAUAACACCGUCUACAAUGUACGGCAGCAGCCCCGGCGAACCGAGGACGUUGGUGCAAUCUGUGGAUACCGCGGGACCGAAAAAGAAGCCGACGUCGUUUCAAAUCACCAGCGUCACCGUGCAAGGGUCCCGGUUAAGCAACGACGGCGGCGACGAGAGUGCCGACGACUUGGACGAGAGCCACACGGAGGACCUGAGCUCCGACAUUCUGGAUUGCUCCAAGACCACCGACACGGAGCAGUUGUCACCGACGGAAGACAACACGUCGACCGUGACGCCCACCUCCUCCUGUGAGGCCGACCCCCCGGUGACGGUCAGUGCCAGCGAUCUCGUGCCCGGCGUUUCCUCCGCGGUGUCUGUGUCUCCGGCGGUGGUUACCGGCGCUGCGGGCACGCUAGCCAUCGUGGCUGGCGCGCCCGCGGCGCCCAGCACCACCGAGGGCCCCAUCAACCCGGACCACUGGCAGCGGCGCUUCAAGGUGGUCAAAAUCGUCAGCUCCGAGCCGUUUGGCCGAGGACGCUGGCUAUGCAUGGACUUUGUGGACCCGCCUGCCAUGCAGGCCGAUGCCAAGGCCGGCGAAGAGCGCGACAACACCACCGCCGCUGCGGACCUCCCGCCUGCCGUGUCCAACGAAGCGGUGGCCCACGUGUACGAAAUUCCAGUCGGUCAGACGUACCCGGCCAACAGCCAGCAGAGCGGGCCUCUGUACGGCAUCAUUCUACCGGUGUCUGGUCAGGGCGCCUCGCCCCUAAGUGUGCUUCGGCCGAUCGCCGAGCAACAGCCGCAGGCGACAGCAGUGGCCGAACAGCCAUCCGCUGUUCCGCCGAAGCCGGCUGCGGCGGUGCCCGAACCACAGCAACCGGCCGAUGCUUCUGCCGCUGCGACAACCGUCGAGCCCAUCCCCGAGAACGCGACCAAGUCGGCCACGGAGGAAGACUCCGAGAGGUUUCCUGGCCGAGUGGCGAGGGUUCCCUCCCGGUUGCCCUUUGGCAAAGGUGGCCACAAGGCAAAGGUGCAUGAUUUGCUCCUCACGUCGGCUGGGAGCACGGUGGCGAUCGACAACAAAAUUGAGCAGGCCAUGGACUUAGUCAAGAGCCAUCUCAUGUUUGCCGUGCGUGAGGAAGUAGAUGUGCUCAAGGAAAAGAUAACAGAGCUGUUGGACCGGAUAGCUCAGCUGGAGUACGAGAACAAUAUCUUGCGUGCUGGUGCCUCACCGGAGACCCUGAGUCUACUGGCUCAGUCUACGCAACAAACGGUAGUGCCGGUGUCUCAGCCCCAGCAGACGAUAGCGGCAGUGCCGCAGCCGGUUGUUGUGCCAGCCCAGCCCGCAGUUGUGCCGGCCCACCACCAGCCUCAGCAGCAGGCACCUGCUGCUCCGGUGCAACCUGUGACCAUGCAGUCAGCUACAGUGCAAGCUCCGCAGCUUGUUACGGUUGUCCAGCAGCCACAACAGCUGGUUCAUCAGCAGCCGCCACAGCAGCUGGCGCAUCAGCAACCGCAGCCCCUGCCUUCGCAAUCUAUGCCGCUACAGCAUCAGCAGUCCCACUUAACACAGCAUCAGCAGCAACACCUACAACAAAAACAGCCUUUGCAACAGCCCCCACCCACGUAGCUUCAGUGUUAGUUGUACAUAGGACAGUUUAAUCGGGAAAGCACCACUCGGUGGGGCGAAAAGGGAUGCAAGACAAGAAAGGACCAGUGUGCUUUGUGUGAAGUGUCUUAGGUGUACAUAGACAGUGUGGCUUCCUUUCAUUUUUUUUCCACUAGUGAACUGGUGGGGUGGAUUAGUGACGACCGACCUAAUUAGCUGGUCCUUGUUGCCUUCUCUCUUGGAAGAAGUACGAGGAGCUGUGAUGAAAAAAGUUCUGUGCUGUUCCUUGCUGUGCUCCCUGCCCCAGUAUCACUGCAUUUUCUGUUUCACCUUACACAGCCAUGUGCCUAUUUCUCUCUCAUGUGUUAAGGAAAACUAUAGUCGUCACUGUCUUUUCCCCUGUUUUUCUUGACACAAAGUACUUUUUGCUCAUCUUGGUGGCGCGAGCACACCUGAGUCAUUGCUUUAUUACCUUUUUUUUUACUUUGUCCUUUGUUGUUAUGUAAAGAAAAGCAGUCUGGUCACAUGCAGCUUGCGUCCCAAGUGUGUGUUAUAUAUAUACAUACAUAUAUGUUUGUGUGUGUGCCGAAUCCGGCUUGAGACAAUUGAGAUGUCAGCAUGUCUUGGAAUGCUCACAGCAGUCAGUUUUGUGUGGUGCGACUGAUCAGACUAACAUUUCUAGAUAAUCGACGUAAAAAAAAAACCUUGCGAGACUGGCAGCCUUUUCAGAAAGGUGCAUGCAGGUUAGGCUUGUUGUAGCUUCUCAGUAAUAUAAGGACUGAAGAAAAAAAGGCAUCCUGUUAACGAGCAGUUCCUAUCCUCCUGUCAUUUUAGAAUCUUCUGACCCAACUGCUUAUAGUGUAUCAGCAUGGGUUGUGUCCAUUCCUUUCCCCAGUCAAGUUUUGACAGAUGGAAUUCCUUGUUGAGCUUUUUCCAAGCUUUAGUCAAGUUAGCAAUUCUGCUUCAGUAAAGGAGACUAAUGGGGAUGCACUUUUUAAGUGAGUUUUACUCUGUUUUGGCCUUAAUGUGCAGACUCGUUGAUGCAUUAACCCCUUUUGCUCCUUUUUUAUUUACACUUGGAAAGCCUGGACCCUUUUUCUUUCUACUGGUGUUUGACAUGGUAGCUCUUGUAAUGCCUGUAUAUAGGAUGCAAAAGCGAAUAAUUUAUAUGGCAUUUCUACUGCUGUAUUUGGGCAACUGUUUGUGCCUAGGUAAAUAAAGUGCAUAUUUUUGUUAGGGACGAGACGAAACAAGGCGAUUGGCUGAGCUGGUUUACUUGCUCUCUAAUAACUAUCGACGUAUAGGGUGUCUGUUUGUCUUGCUGUUUUACAUAUUUAUUAGUUUUAAUCAGCUGCUGCAGUUCUUUGGCAAAACAAAAACAAAACAAUUAAAAUGCUUCGAAUAAUGCC